AUGGAUUCUGACCAAACCAACGAAUUCAACGUAAGCUUGAAUUUCGGGAACGACAAGCGGAUCACAGAAACUCAGAACCACGCUAAGAUUGUACUGCUCAAUUAUAAUCCCGUUUCACAACCUCUAAGAAGUGAACCCGACACGUUUCAGGAUGAAAAUAACACUUUUAUCGGAACAACAUUGCAAAGCACGCCCUUUUUGCAGAAGUUACAACGAGACUUUGACCAAACAGAUGAAAAUAUAGACGCAUCUUCACCUACGCAAGGUGAUGCAAACAAGGAAAAUAGGCCUAAAAGCCAUUAUGUGUUCCGCAAGACAGAUUCAAAAGGUCAUAGCAGGAAUCAUAUAGAUAUAGCCGACGAUUCGCCCAUGGACGCUCUCAAAGAUACACAGAUUAUUGGACUUUCUAAAGAAACCCAGGCUGACAAUAAAGACACACAGGUGAUUCCAGUACCGACAGACACCCAAAUCAUUCAUGCUACCCUGAACACGCAGGUUAUAUAUCAUCGAGCUCUUGCAGAUACUCAAGUUAUCCAGAGCCCUCAUAAGCCUCAAGAGACGCAGGUUGAUGAACCCAUUUCUUCGUCUCCACAAGUUGUUUUUGCUGAAGCAGAAAUUGAACGUUCCCCCGAAGGAAAGUUUGGUAACCUUGAAAUCAAAGACCUGGUAGAAGACAAUGUUGACGAUAAAACCACUAGAAACUCACAAAUGGAUGAUAAAACUGAAGAAGCAUUUCUUACCUUUUCCAACGAUACCCCCAAACUCAACUCCGAGGAAAAGCCUGAUAAUCUGAAAGAAGAAAACAAUUUCAUUCUAGGGCCUCUUACAUCUCCCAUAUCUCAAUUUACAAAGAGCACUGUUCAAAUACCUGGGACUGUUGAACGUCUUCAACCACAAACACAGGUGGUUCAUACCCAAGAAGAGUUCAGUGAGCCCGUCGAACCAAUUGAAGAAAAGGAUGGUAUUGAGUUUGUCGACACCGACGAAGAGGACGUGUUUAUGUUGUACGACGAUAGCAUUCUUGCCCAUCGAAUGAAGGUCAAACGGCAACUAGAACAAAAUAGCAGCCCUUCGAAGAAGGAGGUGAUUGCCUCCGCCACUGUGGUGGAAAAUGAAGAAGAUAUGUCUGUUCUUCCCAGUAAGAGACAGAGACGUAAUGUGGUUGACUCUCAGUCACAGCAACCGUUGUCUUCGUCACUGAGACCCAUUUCUCAAUCGUCAAACACUAUACUUCGAAAUGAAGCCAACACUGAGAUACAGGACAUUGAUGUGGUUUCCAAGAAUAGCGUCUGGGCAAACUUCAAGUUCAAAAUGUAUCCCGGGACUAUUGUGUCUACGGGGAAAGAAAAGCUGGAGGUUUUGUUUGAAGAAGGGUGUUUUGAUAUCGAUAAUGGCGAUUUAUUCCCUAUGGACAUUAGAGUCGGAGACACCAUAAAGAUCAAGGGGUCUACAAUCCAGUACUUAACAAGUGGAUUGGGCCAUGAACCCUCCCAGUCGGGAACUGGGAUAUGCUGUGUUAGAGGUUACAAUCAGGUCUACAUCAAGAAGAAUAGUAAAACUCGGAGAGCCAAUACUGCUGAAUCGCAAGUGCGGCUAUCAGCCAUCUUCAUGGAGUUGGAGGAUUGGUACCAGCAUCAGCUGAGAUUUACCAUCAACUUGGCUGCAGAUAUAUUCACUGAUAGUAUCACCUCAAUCAUAAAUGACAAUAUGCGGACUCCCACCAGAUCACGGCAUACCCAGGAAAUUAAAGCGAGUCCCCGAGGAAGACUCAGGACUGACAAAGGUGUAUUUUCCAACUGCCUCUUUUGCAUUACUUCAUUGAAUGAAGAUACCAAGGGCCAGUUGAUAAAAAUCAUAUAUGCUAAUGGAGGAGAUGUAGUGGAAGAUGGGUUUAUGGAACUAUUUGAGUACCGAAGGAAGAACAAGUUGGAGCUAGUGUUAAGAGACAAGGAAUCUGAAGACCUUCAGUUUGUGGCGUUAAUAUCUAAUGGUAUCUCUAGGAGUUUCAAGUAUCUUCAGACGGUAGCUUUAGGCUGGCCCAUUCUUUCAGAAACAUUUAUUUUUGACACCGUUGAAAGAAACCAACUCAUCAACAGCUGGCCAGCAUAUUUACUAGGAGCGGGUCACUCCAGCAGAAUAGGAGGUGUAAAGAGCUUGGAUAUCCACAAGUUCCAACAAUCGUAUGAGAAAGGCUUGCAAUUGCGCAACCAAAUCAAUCUUAAUGGACAUCUACUUAAGAAAUACGUGGUGAUAGGCUUGGAAAAUAAAGCAAACAAAAAGGAGACAGUACCCUUUGAGUUCAUCAUGUACGCAUUCGGGGUGAAGAACCUUGUGUUCAAACCAUCUACAAAAGAAAUACUAAAGUUCAUCAAAAACGGUGGGAUCGACCCUGAGCAUAUCUUGAUCUACGACAACUCCAACACUCAUACCCAAGCACUUGAGAAUUAUAAGGUUAUUGACUGGGAGUGGGUAGUUCAGAGUUGUAUCAGCACCCACAUCUGGACCUUUUGA